GCUGUCACCUGGGCCUUGAAGUGGGCUGAGGGGGUGCUGCUGUUGGGUGGGGGAGGUGGAGAAACCAGAGCUCAGUGUUCUCUUACUGGGCGACCCACGUACCCACCACCACUCAUUUUAAAUCCAAAGUGCCUGCCUCUGUGUAGCAUCAGUUAGCUCGAGGGGAGCCUGCGACCUGGUUAGCAGCACGUUUACGAACGGAUGCUUUAGACAUAAAGGUGGCGGGGAUAUGAAUCGCUCUACGGUCCAGAUCUUGCUGCUAUGGAUUCUCAGUGUACUUGCCGGUCCAGUGUCCUGCUCAGAGGCCGAGACGCGACUGGUGAAAAAGCUCUUCACUGGUUACAGCAAGGUGGUUCGUCCCGUUGACCACUUCAGUGACGCCGUGGUGGUCUCUGUGGGACUACAGCUGAUACAGCUCAUCAGCGUGGAUGAAGUUAAUCAGAUUGUGACCAGCAAUGUUCGUCUCAAACAGCGCUGGCGAGAUGUGAACCUGAAUUGGGAUCCGGACGAUUACGGCGGCAUCCGGAAGAUCAGAGUCCCUUCAACCGACAUCUGGAAACCAGACCUGGUGCUGUACAACAAUGCCGACGGCGACUUCGCCAUCAUCCACCAAACCAAAGUCCUGCUGGAGCACACUGGGAUGAUAACGUGGAACCCUCCGGCCAUCUUCAAGAGCUACUGCGAGAUCAUCGUCCUGCAUUUCCCAUUCGACCUGCAGAACUGCAGCAUGAAGCUGGGGACGUGGACGUACGACGGACUGCUGGUGGUCAUCAACCCAGACAGCGCCCGGCCGGACCUCAGUAACUUCAUGGAGUCCGGCGAGUGGGUGCUGAAGGACUACCGGAGCUGGAAACACACGGUUAACUACAGCUGCUGCCCCAACAAGCCGUACCUCGACAUCACCUACCACUUCCUGAUGCUGCGUCUGCCUCUCUACUUCAUCGUCAACGUCAUCAUUCCCUGCAUGCUGUUCUCCUUUCUCACCGGACUGGUCUUCUACCUGCCCACCGACUCCGGAGAAAAGAUGACCCUCUCCAUCUCCGUCCUGCUGUCUCUCACUGUCUUCCUGCUGGUCAUCGUGGAGCUGAUCCCCUCCACCUCCAGUGCCGUUCCCCUCAUCGGGAAAUACAUGCUGUUCACCAUGGUGUUCGUCAUCGCCUCCAUCAUCAUCACGGUCAUCGUCAUCAACACGCACCACCGCUCGCCCAGCACGCACACCAUGCCCGCCUGGAUACGCAAGGUCUUCAUCGAAACCAUUCCCAACAUGAUGUUCUUCUCAACCAUGAAGCGUCCCAGUCUGGAGAUCCGACAGAUGAGGAUGUUCCCGACCGACAUGGACAUCUCUGACAUCUCAGGCAAGGUCCCACGGACAUUUUGACGUGUGGACGAGUGGCAAUUAUGUAUUCCAACAACCAGUAUGGCCUGUCUCUCCUGUGCAGGUAACCCCGCCCCCACCAGUGACACCUACGUGUCUCCCAUCACCAAAAACCCAGAUGUUCGCAGGGCCAUUGAAGGGGUGAAGUACAUCGCUGAGACCAUGAAAUCAGAUGAGGAAUCUAACAAUGCAGCAGAGGAGUGGAAGUUCGUUGCCAUGGUUCUGGACCACAUCCUGCUCUGCGUCUUCAUGGCCGUGUGCAUCAUCGGCACGCUCGCCGUGUUCGCCGGGAGACUCAUCGAGCUCAACACGCUGUAGGACCCGACGUUACAUUUAGAAGGGUUGUCACACACACACACACACACACACACACACACACACACACAGUUUGAAGCUAUUCUUGACUGUUACUUCAGGUGUUUUUCUACAGUGUUUUAUCACUCCAGAGUUUUAGUAUUAUAAGGCGCAAAUGUAGUAAAGAGUCAAUUGUUUUGUUCUUUUUUUUCCAGCAGCUUGAUUUAAAGUUUGGCUCAAAGGAUUUUCUUUAAUGUUAAAACUGACCUUUUAAGAGUAGUUUCAUAUCUGAGGAGGAAUGCUAAUAAUAAAUAUGCCGUGUAUCAACAUUUUACAUUGGAUGUAGAAGACAUGUUUAAUUGUAUUUGAAUCUAAUUUUGCUGCCAGUUGAAUGUUUAGUCUUUGAGUGCAGGUGAGAUUUAUUCCGUCCUGGAAGUUUUAUUGGCUUGUUCUGUCUGACACUCCUUUGACUUCUACACGUUUAUAUUGUGUAAAUAUUGAGGGGCAAGGUGUGCUUUGUGUGAAUUCCCCCUGAUUCUGCUGUAGUUUGAAUAUUACUUUUGGAAAGAUGGUUUUCAAACACGCUGAACGGCCGAGGUUUAAAAUCAGUUUAAACUGAUCUGCUGUUACGUUGUAACUCAAUUUUAUUGCAUUUUAUCAACUUAACAUGUAAAUGAACAUCUGAAUGAAUUAGUUCAAGAACUUGUUUUACUUUUGGGAACACGCAGUUAAUGCUGAAAAUAUUUGUGUUUUUUGUGCGGCUUAAAUUUUGCCGCAGUGGAUAAAAUGAAUUGGAAGCAAAACAUUUAUUUAUUUAUUUAUUUAUUGAGCAGCUCUGAAAAAAUAAUUCGGUUGGUUUAUUAAUACAGUAAAGUUCUUCCAUACGGAGUUGAUCAUUCGUCAUUGUACGUGUACAUACAUACUCGGCUGUAUGCAUAUACACAUAUUGUAUAUGUAUUUGUGGUUGUGAAGAUGC